AAGCCUUUGGGCCUCGCAAAUCUGAUCAUCAACCUGUCAUGGGCAUACAUCGGCCAAACAUUUGCCGUCAACAGUUUCCCAAGGAGAUCUCGUUCAACAGAUCCUUAGAUCCUUUGGGACCUGUCACAAUGUUUGCAGGGCAAGAUGAGUCGAGAUCAUGUUCCGAGAGCAUGUUCCUGAUUCAAGCUCGCUCCCCCCACUCGGCAGUGGCUGCAAUGACGACGACGCAAACCAGGCCACGACGCAGAUCAUCGCUUGCUGCCCAUCCCAUGAAACGAGCCUGGCAGGGCGAAACUUCACGGACCACCACGAGCCGGCUGAUCGGAGAACCACCCUCGCUGCUCUCCCUCGAAUCCCGUCCUCGCCGCCCGGCCACUGCAUGAAAGAUCUGUGUCGUUCAUUCUGGCUUGGCCGCUUGGCUCAUGGCACUCCGCCAAGCUUGGUCUGACCUGCUCGCCUGAGACCCGGAUCCGCGUCUUGGAUGAACUUUUGCCUCCUCAGCCAAGCCGUGUCAUGUCCACCCGCUCACGACUCCCGCUUGCACAUCUCCAGUUUCGACAGCCAAAUCCUAUUUUGGGAUAUGUCGUCUCUACUAAUGGCCAUGGUGGGAUGAUAGAUCCUCACCUCGUCGAGAUGAAAUAUAAGACGACUUGAGGACAUGAGGCCGUAUUGUUUGGAGGAACUAACAUCUUUCCUACUAUCCCUUCUCAUCCUCUCUUUCAAGAUAAUUCCCUCCAUUUCGCACAUUCAUUUCUCACAGCAGUGCUGUUUUGCUCCAGGUUGAGCUUGAAUAAUACAUUGUGAUCGUCCGCCCAAGACACACACCUUCUUUCGCACACAUAAUCAGCCAGAAUGAGGUACUCUCUUUUCCUGACCGGCUUCGUGGCCUCCCUCGCCGUCGCGGCCCCCAACAAGAAGCGCCAGGCCACCGCCGCCCCGGUCUUCACUGCCAAGACCUUCAACGAGCUUUCUAUCGCCGGCGGCACAGCUGGCGAUGCCGCUGCUGAGGCCCAGGCUGCCCUCGCAGGCCUCCCCGAGGACCUGACCACUGUCGCUCCCGAGGACAUCGAGUUCCUUGAUGCUGUCAACUCUAUUGCUAAUGAUGCCGAAGUCGGAGGCUUCAACGCCGAGAUUGCCGCCUCCCAGCCAGGCGAGGACGCACUCGCCCUCGGCCGCGGCAAGACCAAGAACAAGGUCCUCAAGCUCACGGCCACCACCAUGAGGCUCGCCAUCGAGGCGGCACAGGGCGAGGACGUCGCCGCCGAGAUGGAGGAGGAGCAGGCCAAGCUGGACAAGAACAUCGCUGACGACGCCGCCCAGGCCGGCGCCGCGUCCUCCGACGUCCAGUUCGAGGCCUCUACCGACAACCCCGAUGCUUCCGAGGUUGCCAAGGACGACGCCCUCGCCGACCAGGCCUCUGCCGUGCUCGAGGAGUCUGAGGCGGCCGCGGGAGGUGCCAAUGCUGAGGAUGCCAAUGCUGACGAGGAGGCCAAUGCCCAGGACGAGAAUGCCCAGGACGAGAAUGCCCAGGACGAGAAUGCCCAGGACGAGAAUGCCCAGGACGAGAACGCCCAGGAUGAGAACGCUCAAGACGAGGAAGCCAACGCUGAUGAGGAGGCAAAUGCUCAAGACGACAAUGCUCAAGACGAGAACGCUCAGGACGAGGAAGCCAAUGCUGAUGAGGAUGCAAAUGCUCAGGACGAGAACGCCCAGGACGAGAAUGCCCAGGACGAGAACGCUCAGGACAAGAACGCUCAAGACGAGGAAGCCAAUGCUGAUGAGGAGGCAAAUGCUCAAGACGACAAUGCUCAAGACGAGAACGCUCAGGACGAGGAAGCCAAUGCUGAUGAGGAGGCCAACGCCCAGGAUGAGGAGGCCAACGCUCAGGAUGAGGAGGCCCAGGACGAGGAGGCUAACGCCAAGGAUGAGAACUAAAGACCUCAGCUGCUGGAAUCACAAAUUCCCUCUAUGGGGGCUCUCCGAACUAGGGCCAUGUUUUGAGCAGACAUCUACAGCCUAUAGCCUUAACAAUGUAAUUCGAC